AUGGCUAGCUUAGAAAACUCUUUCACAAAUCCUGCAUUUAGGGCUAUAAGUAGAUCUGGUCGAUGGCUUCGCGAUUCCUUGCAGGUUCUUCCUAAGUCCAGCUCCAGGUUACCAUCCCAUCUUGGUAAGCUGUUUGACAACCAAUUCAAUUGUCGUAGACAAGUGUGUCUUGAGUUGGUUUCCUUAUCAAAUAGUGAGAUCAAUGGUUCCAUUCCAAAAGAAAUAGGGAGGUUGAGUUCAGUUUCCUACAUCUUUUUCUCUUGUAACCAUCUACGUGGUUCUAUUCCUGGAGAGGUUUGGAACCUUUCCAAGCUCACUGGGCUUGACAAUUUCUCCGGAAGUAUUCCAUCUAAAAUCGGAAGGUUGAGUUCACUUUCUCUACUUCUCCUUGAAGCAAACAAUCUCACCGGUCCAACACCUAUUUCUAUUGGAAGCUUGUAUAAUUUGUCCCAACUUCUCCUAGUUGACAAUAGUCUCAAUGGUGCCAUACCUAGAGAAGUUGGAAUGAUGAAGUCACUCAAUAUGCUUGAUCUUUCAAUAAACCAAAUAACUGGUCCUAUCCCAACAUCUCUGGGAAACCUAAGUAAAUUGGUAUGGCUUUAUCUGUACGGAAACUUAACCAAAUUGUCUACACUUUACCUUUUAGAAAAUAAGCUUUUCGGUUCAAUACCUCAAGAGAUAGGGAUGCUUGUAUCUCUUACAGAACUUAUUUUCUUUUAUAACAAUUUCUCGGUUUCAAUCUCUGCUUCCCUAGGAAACUUGACCAGCUUAUCUACUCUCUACCUUGAUCAAAAUAUGUUUUCUGGUUCAAUUCCUGCUUCAAUUGGAAAUAGGACGAAACUUGUGGGGUUCAGUCUUCUAUAUAAUCAUUUAUCAGGGCCAAUUCCUUCGUUCAGCAAUCUUACACAUUUGGAAUCAUUCCAAAUAUCGGACAACCAUCUCGGUGGUCCAUUACCCGAGAACUAUGCCUCGGUGGACAACUCAUAUAUCUUGGGGCUAUCAACAACAAUUUGA